AUGGCAAAAAAAUAUAAAAGUAGUUUAGAAGAAGUUGAAUUGGAAAUGAGGAAAACGUUGAAAAAAUUUAGGAGUACAGAUUGGACUGAUAAAGUAGCAGCGAUCAACAUGAUUCUCUGUAUAUCAGAAAUAUCGCCGUGUAUAUGUGAAAAGUAUUCAAACAGAAUUUUCGACCGAUUAGUUGAAGAAUGCAAAGAUAUUCGCACAGCAUUAUCGCGAACUGCAAUAUUUGCCACAGGGCAGUUAUUUUCGAACGUAAAAGUUUGUUUGACUCUGCUACAAAAAACUGGCGAUGUAAGCCAUGCAUUUAUACGAAGAAGUGCAUAUGAUGCAUUGAAUGAAAUAAUUAAAAAUGCAUCAACAGCAACGAUGGAUGUACUUGCGGCGCUGCUUGAUGUAACUGUAAUAACAAGCAAAAAUAAUGCGAUUCGUGCUAGCUGUGCCAGUUUAGUAGUGAAAUUAGUGAAGCGAAUUGGUCCAUCUCAAGCCAUCAAAUGCUCUGAGGCCAGCAAGCUUUUGUCGGCAUUAGUGGCAUUUGCACAAGAUGCAGAUCCAAAUGCUAGAAAUGAUGGAAGGCGGGGGCUCUUUCUAUUGAAUCAAGGCGAUGAUGGAAACAGCAAAGGUUUAAGCAAAUAA